AUGGCGAUCAUAGCUUUUGUUGAACCGUUCCACCGCAUGUUUUUCGUCAAUGAUUUACACAUCAUGUUCCCACAUGCCGAGGUUGAGAGAGUUAGCGUCCAGUGGAACUUCAUCUAUGCACUUUUCAUUCCCCUCAGCGUCCUCAUCGUAUGGAAUUUCGUUACCCGUGCAUCCGUCCACAAGCAUGAGGUGACCUACCUCUGCUUUGGUAUCGCGCUCGUCAUGACCUCCUUCAUCACCGAUGUCGUCAAAAACGCAGUGGGCCGCCCACGUCCCGAUCUCGUGGCGCGAUGCAAGCCUGAGCCUGGCACACCUGUCGAUGUCCUUGUCUCCAUCAGCGUCUGUACGGAGACCGCCCAUCACCUCUUGCAUGAUGGAUGGCGAUCCUUCCCGUCCGGACAUUCUUCCUUCUCAUUCGCAGGUCUCGGCUUCCUGAGUUUGUUCUUUGCCGGCCAGCUCCACGUCUUCCGUCACGAGUCUGGCGGACGGGAUCUUAGCCGCGCCUUGGUCUGCUUGGUACCACUACUUGGCGCUGCGCUCAUUGCCAUUAGCAGCCACACCCGUACCCUGGGACGGAGUCGAAGGCUGGGUGGUCGCGCGUACGGGACGAGGAGGACAGUGCGGGUCAACGACCAGAUGUAG